AUAGACGUUAAAUUCAAUCUUUGAAUCUCUUUCAAAUAAAAAAAAAUCAUAAACGAUGACCGAUACCGAUGCUGUGAAGGGUGAUAGCAUAAUCCAAUCCUCCAAACUCGCAAAUAAUGAAACCAGCACUCAAACUUCCGUUACUGAAUACAUGUCCGAGGUAGAAACAGCGGCAAAAUCUAUGAAAUCUACACAGGAAACUCAAAAAACGCACAAAAGGAAGCACAAAAAAGCAGGAAAUUCGGAGCAAUUGGAAACGCCGGUAUCAUUAGUUCAAGAGAAUACUAGCAAACAGUCAACAGCGCCAUUAGAUGAUUUGGAACCUCCAUUCAAGAAAAAUCGAAGAAUUCAAGUGCCAUCAGGUGAUAUCACGAAAGGAAUUUCAAGUAUUGAGCCAUCGCCAAAGAAACCACACAAGAAGAAGUUCACUGAUCCGACUCCCCAGAAAAUUGGUGUUCUAUUCGGCAUACCAUGUCGGCGGAGACCUUCGAAAAAUGCGAGCGACGAAAACAGACAGCUUGAAAUGCUCAAACAUUUGGGCAUCGUUUUUUUGUUCUCACGAUUAAAAAACCCGAUAAAAUGGAAUGCUGACACUUUUGAAGAGAUACGUCGCAUAGAGAAUAGUACAGAUUCUGAUAAGGUUACAUCUAGGUUUCCAAUUGAACACGCUGGAAAGAUGUACUGUAUGGCUCUGACGAACACGAUCAUUAAAGGUCGUAUGAAUUCACCAGAUGCUCCGCCGAAUUAUUUUGAAAAGGCUCUAAUCGAGCAUGUUAGUGAUUACAGUGGAUUAGUACAGAAAUAUGAGGACCAGUAUGUUAUUACCUGGAGGAUAACCGAAGGAUACUAUCUAUACGAUCCUUGUUUGAAAGAAACCUCCCAAUUGUUGUUUUUCAACAGCCUCAGAAUGAUGAUUAGAUUCAUUCAAGAAUCGAAGCAAUUAACCGACAAAUCGAAGUUUUAUAUGUCCCACAUCUCGUGGAUUUCAGUCUAUGAGGGGUCCAUAGUAACACUCAAUCGUAAAACACCCGUAUCUGAGGGGUUUAUUGUUUUGAAUCGCCACGAAGCAUUGCUAAUAGGAGACAGAUACUUGAAAGAGGCUAGUUUUAAAUUUGAAUCUCUGAGGAUAUCGUUGAACGCUAUUAGUUUGGCUCAACAACUUGAAACUAGAUCGUGGGAAGCAUCAAACUUGAACGAGUUGUUCGAAGGUGUAAUGACGGACAAGGUCAUCAACAAGCUUGGACUGUUUCUUUGUGAAGAAGGCGAAGAGGAACAUUUUCUGUUGGAAAAGUUUAGACUGAUACGAUUGGUUGUGAAAUUCGAUUUUACUGAGCGAGAACAUUUCGAGUCGGUUACCAAUUGUUUACUGGCGAUUCGAGUCGCUCUUAUCAUGAAAAUAGACGAAUCCUAUUUUGCCGUUUGGAGUAGUGAAAACAUCCUGUACUGGUUCUCGCCAUUUCGCUACGACGCUUUGGAGUUAAAUCCCGCAGGCAGAGAGGACAAGGCUUGUUUUCUGUAUGCGUUUAACUCAUUAUCUCGGCUAUCUCACGUGUUCUUUGAAUAUCUUACUGAAGUCGCACUUCUGCCGAAGCAUCCGAUCCAAAUGUUCACAGUUGACACAGAGCCGUUCGGUCGAAUGACCCGGUUACCGUUUGUGGACAGUACAGAUUCACUGAAUCACUCUGAACUGGAAAUUAGUGUUGCUGAGUUUGUGCAAAAACCAAUAUUGAUAUCAGAUGGGAAUUUACCACCGGCCACGGCAUCGGAACUGAAGUUAUGUCGCAUUAUUCUAAGAGAAAUAAUGACCAAAGCGGAAACAAACUAUCCAAGUGAACAAAAUUAGCAUCGAAAA